GACGCGCGUCACUUUCGUUACGCAAAUCCGCCAUUUUGUACGUCGCUGGCGGUGGUUGAGGGUUUAUUUUCUCUGUUAAGUGUUUAUUGCUACGAAAAACUGUAAAACUUUGUUAAAUAUUAUUUUGCAUAGACACCACCGACAUAACAAACUAUACUGUGUAAUAUAAUUACAUAUAUUGUAAGUGCUAUCGUGAUUUGUGUGUGCCCUAUAAUUGGAGCGCGUGGCUGGUGACUCUUUGUUGUUGGAUUCGGCGUAUUUACGAUCACGGAUUUAACAGAUUGGACUUAAACAGUGUCUGUGCUCAGUGGUUGUGUUGCGGACGUGUACGCCGCAUGCUCUAGUGCAGUGAGUGUAGUGUUGUGUGAGUGCAUCGGUGUCGGCGUUCGGGACGUGGCGCCGACGCUGGCGGCGGGUCAAUGCCGGUGCGCCGAUGGAGCGGUGAUCACGGACUGACUACGCUACAAGAGCAGCGCUGGUAAACUAUGCGCCGUAAGAUCGACAGAGCGGCUUGCCAACGCCCCUAAUGACUUUAUAGUGACGCGCUGCGGAGUGUGGUCAAAGCGGCUCUGCCGCUUUAAAUGGACAAACGGAAGAUGCUGCCAAAGAGAGCGCGUAUGGAUAGCAUGCGGGGGCCCAUUGCCAACGGACCCCUGCAGUCGAGGCCGCUGGUGGCGUUGUUGGACGGACGGGACUGCACCGUCGAGAUGCCGAUACUGAAGGACGUAGCGACGGUCGCGUUUUGCGACGCGCAGUCCACCUCCGAGAUACACGAGAAGGUGCUGAACGAGGCGGUGGGUGCACUCAUGUGGCACACCAUCAUCCUCACCAAGGAAGACCUGGAGAAGUUCAAGGCGCUGCGCAUCAUCGUGCGCAUCGGCUCCGGCGUCGACAACAUUGAUGUCAAGGCGGCGGGGGAACUAGGAAUAGCAGUAUGUAAUGUGCCCGGCUACGGCGUGGAGGAGGUGGCCGACACGACGAUGUGUCUCAUACUUAAUUUAUACCGGCGGACCUUCUGGCUCGCCAUCAUGGUGCGGGAUGGAAAGAAAUUCACAGGUCCGGAGCAAGUCCGCGAAGCGGCGGCGGGCUGCGCGCGCAUCCGCGGCGACACGCUCGGCAUCGUGGGGCUCGGCCGCAUCGGCUCCGCCGUGGCGCUGCGGGCCAAGGCCUUCGGCUUCAACGUCAUCUUCUACGACCCCUACCUGCCCGACGGCAUCGAGAAGUCGCUCGGCCUCACCAGGGUCUACACGCUGCAGGACCUCCUAUUCCAGAGUGACUGUGUGUCACUUCACUGCAGCUUAAAUGAACACAACCAUCACCUUAUCAACGAGUUCACUAUCAAACAAAUGCGUCCAGGGGCGUUCCUGGUGAACACGGCGCGCGGCGGGCUGGUGGACGACGAGGGGCUGGCGGCCGCGCUGAAGCAGGGCCGCAUCCGCGCCGCCGCGCUCGACGUGCACGAGAACGAGCCCUUCAACGUGUUCCAGGGCCCGCUCAAGGACGCGCCCAACGUGCUCUGCACGCCCCACGCCGCCUUCUACUCCGACGCCAGCGCGCAGGAGCUCCGCGAGAUGGCGGCGUCGGAGAUCCGGCGCGCGAUCGUGGGCCGCAUCCCGGACUGCCUGCGCAACUGCGUCAACAAGGACUACUUCCUGCCCGGCGCGCCGCCCGCGCUGCCCCCGCCCGCGCCGCCGCUGCCGCAGCCGCAGCCGCAGCCGCCGCCCAGCACCUACAGCGAAGGUAUGAACGGCGGGUACUACGGGUCGGGCGGCGCGCAGGCGGCGCACUCCACGACGGCCGUGCACGACGCGCCCGCGCUGCCGCCGCAGCCCGCGCCGCCGCCGCAGCCCAGCCAGCCGCCCAUCAGCCUGCCAAUGAACACGUCGGACCCGGCGAACCACGCGCUGAACAAGGAGAGCUCGGACGUGCACUAGUUGCCACUGCACGCCGCGCCGCGCACGGACAUACAAACAAUAGUACCGCGCCGCCGUCUGCGCGCCGGACUAACCUACUACCCGCUAAAGUGAAGUGAAUGUUGCGUGAUUUAAGGUUUACUUUUUAUAUAUUUGGAACUUCCUUUAGUAUAAUUCGGCUAAACAAAUGUAGCUUAAUAAAGUGAUAAAAUCGUUUACGCAAUAAAUACCGACGGACGAAAGUACACUAUGAUUUGUUGUGUGUGAUCGUACUAUCCGAGUACACGAGUUAGUCUAUUCGAUGUGAAUUAAGAGAUUUAUAUUUCUAAUUUUAAGGGGAAUCUGUAUGAGAAACGUAUGUGUGCCUGCGGGCGGUUUGUUAGUGGCGUGUCUCGGUGCGAUCGUCCGUCGCGGUCGCGACAGUCGCACGGCAGUCGCAGACGGCAGUCGCACGCGGCUAGUCGCAGCAUUUCACCGCAUUUGACCCGACACGACCCGGUCCGACUCGCAUGCAUUCGAACUGUUAUUUUUAAGUAUCGACAGAUGGACUGUAGAAUUCUAUCAUCACACUUUGUAAACAGGAGGUCUUCAUUUUUUUUUAUUUUGAAAUGUACAAAAUCAUGCUUUCAUUUGAUAUUUUUUUCUAAAUAGCGUUUAAGUGAACAGUUUGUACAUGAGAGCACGUUAAACAUAGACCGUUGGCGGCGCCCGCCUCGGGCCGCCGUUUGACCGAACAUUGGUAUUUAAAAUUAGUAUUUACUUACAUUUUAGUUUAAUGACAAAAACAAUGUGUAUAUUUUAUGAGAAAGUGAAAAGUUCUUAAAUAAAACUAUUGUUUUCGGAUUAAUA